AAAGAGAUAUCGCGAAAAUUUUCAACGAAAAGUUUCGAUGUUAACAAAUAUGGGUUUCGAGGAAGCUGAAGCCAGAAGAGCCUUGGAAAAUGCUUUAGAUGACCCGGAAUUGGCUUUGAAAAUACUUCAAUAUGAUGCUGAAAGGCGAAAAGAGAAGAGGGAGCAAAUUGAAUCAGAUGUCAACCCUCAAAAACAGCGUUCACCAACUCCAUUGCUAUCUAAUGUCCCUGCCGUAUACCGCAAAAAUGCCCCUAACAUACCAGUUAAGUUAAGAAAAGAAUCUUCAUGUGAUUCAGGUAUUCAACAGAGCUCUGCUACUCCAAGAAUGGAAGAACGACAAACAGCAUUAAAUAAUAAAAUCAGCAAAAUAACAAGCAAAAUUUAGUCAUUUGACGUUAUGGUAAAGUUCAUUAAUUGAUGAGGGUCAAGUUAGGUCUAAUCUACUUAAAGGUCUUGUCCAAAGGGUUGUUGUGACUAAGUAUAUGAACAAUACACAACUCUUCUUUAUUUUUUAAAGAAAAUAGAGGAAUAAGUGGAAAUAAUGUGAUGUAUUAGAAAGAAGGCAUUCUUUUUAACGUACCAAAUAGAGGAAUUAAUUUGAAGACAUUCUGGUUAUCAAAACUACUUGAGCUAUAUACUGAAUGAAAUAUGUGAUGUCACAUCAAGUUUUUGUUAUAAGGCUUUUUACUUAGUUAUAUUGUAGAACUUAUAGGAAGAGGUUUGCAUGAAAGUAACUGUUUUGAAUGUCUAUUGUUUUUUCCCUGUAAAUCUUUUGACACAUUAACUGAGUGCAGAUAUUAUUAUCAAAAUAAUCAAAGAUUUGCUUCAUUCAGUACAAAAAUGCAAUUUUCUGUGGCACAGUUCAGUUAAUCAUUCAAAUAAAGACGAUAUUUUUAAAUAAGUGAAUUUUCUUUUCAAGUGGGCUAGAACAUUAGUUUCCAAAUCUGAAACAAGACCUCUCCGUUAUUAUUCUUCAAACUCAUGCACCGACUCUUAAGCCAUACAUUUAAAUUAAUAUUUUCACUUAAUGAUUCAUAUUUGGCCUUUGCAUCUACUUCUCUUUAUUAUGAAAUGCUUGCGAAAUAAUCAACUGUCAACGUGUCUUGAUAUGUGAAAGAAAUCUAGAUUAUAUUGAUGUGGCUUGGACUUCACGUUUUGAUUAAAGUAAACACCAUUGGAGGGAGACAAAUCUGUAAAAAAUAUC